AUGGGGACGCCCAGCCCGCUAGCUUACGUCAGGGGCCAGGACCAGCCGGGGGCCAGGGCUGCCAAGCGCGAGCCUGAGGAGCCCAGCAUGCCGCCGCCAGAGAAAAAACCUUGCCUCCCAGCACCAGUGCCGACGAUUACGCCGCCGCUGGAGGCAGGAUCGGAUAGCCACAAUCCGAACGGGCACGCGCAGGUCGUCACCUUGGGCCGCAAGAACAAACGUAUGACAGCAUCAAGCACUCACCACUACAAGCACUUAGACUGCAUGCCGAAGCUUCUAGCUCACGGGUUCACGAUCCUCGAAAGGGAGAUGUUUCCAACUGGCAUCCCGUCUGGCUUUAGCGUAGAGUACGAGUUCACAUACAGUAUUCAUGCCAAGAAGGAUUCAGACAUCCGCACGCUGUCUGUAGUUUGA